CACGCACUGAGACGUAUACAAUGCGCUCACAUGAAACGCCAAUAUGGCUGUGGAAAGGAAAGUAUGAAAUUUGUCAUAUUUGAGAAACCCAUUUUAAUAAAUAUUAAUUAUCUGUGAUUUAUUUUUACGGAGUGGUAGACAGUGCAAAAGUAAAAACAAAUUUCUUGUAUUAAAAGACAACAAACCCAGCUGCAGAAUGAGUAAUAUUUACAUUCAAGAGCCACCAACAAAUGGAAAGGUCCUGUUGAAGACCUCAGCAGGUGAAAUUGACAUCGAGUUGUGGUCCAAAGAGGCUCCUAAAGCAUGCAGGAAUUUUGUGCAGUUGUGCAUGGAAGGUUACUACGACGGCACCAUUUUCCACAGAGUGGUGCGAGAGUUCAUCAUUCAGGGGGGAGAUCCGACGGGGACGGGGACCGGUGGAGAGUCCGUCUAUGGACGGCCGUUCAAGGACGAGUUUCACUCCAGACUGCGCUUCAAUCGGAGGGGCUUGGUUGCCAUGGCGAACGCGGGGCCGCAUGAUAACAGCAGUCAGUUUUUCUUCACGUUGGGACGAGCAGAUGAGCUCAACAACAAGCACACCAUAUUUGGGAAGGUGACUGGAGACACGGUUUAUAACAUGCUGAGAUUAGCAGACGUGGAAUGUGAUGCUGAUGAAAGACCUCUGAAACCCCACAAGAUCAGAACCACCGAGGUGCUGCAUUCCCCGUUUGACGACAUCGAGCCUCGGGACACCAGGAAAGCAAAGAAAGAGAAAGAAAAAGAGGAGGGAAAGAAAUCCCAGUCAAAAGCCACAAAGAACUUCAGUCUGUUAUCAUUUGGAGAGGAAGCUGAGGAAGAGGAGGAGAUGGUGAACCAAGUCAGUCAGACAUUUAAGGGGAAAAGUAAAAGCAGCCACGACCUCCUGAAAGACGACCCCAGACUCAGCUCCGUCCCCGCCGUGGAGAAGACAAAGAAGAAAAGGAAAUCUGGGAAUCCAGCUGACCCAGAUGAGGCAGAUGAUAACGUGGAGGAUGACGAGGAUCCGGAUGAAGAAUACGACGCAGAGAAGAACGAGAAGAUGAGAGAGCUCAUCAGCAAGAAGCUGCAGAAAGAAAAAGGUGGAGAGAAGACGGCAGAACUGGAUGAGGAGGAGGAGCGAGGGAAGAAGAGCAGCCGCAGUGAUGAAUUACGGAAGGAGGCGCGACAGUUGAAGAGGGAACUACAGGCCAUAAAGCAAAGGAGAGAAGAAAGUUCAAAGCCGGCUGCAGAAACAGUCAAGGAGGAAGCAGAGAAACAGCCGAGCAGCGAGGCCGUCGCCGAGUAUCUGGAAGGAAGGAAGAAGUACGAAGAGCUCAGGAAACAUAAACUGAAAAAAGGCUCGAGCAGAGAAGAACAGACGAUGGCCCUGCUCAAUCGCUUCAAGUCCAAGCUGUCUUCAGCCAUCACCGAGGGUCCAGAGGAGGACGUGGAGGAGCUGGCUGAGGACGACGACAAAGGAUGGAUGGCCCACGUCCUGCAGUUUGAUGAGCAAAGCAGAAAAGUCAAGGAUGCCAACAUGCAGGACGAGGACACGUUUGAGAUCUACGACCCACGCAACCCCGUCAACAAGCGCAGGAGAGAGGAGAGCAAGAAGAUCAUGAAGGAGAAGAAGGCCAAAAGGUGAAGUCCCGGUUCAAGGUCAGGUCUAACCCGAGUCCGGCCAGUCCAGCUGCUGGUUUGGGUUGAACAUCUGGACUGAGGAUGUAAAGUUUAACGUUGUUAGCCGACGACUGUAACGUUGUCCGUUUUUUAUGUUUCUGUUUAUGUCCAGACUGUUUUUUUCCAGAAAAAUAAACUACAUGUAUGAAGACUGA